UUAGAAAAAAAUGAAGGAGAUUCUCAAUUUGUUUAUUUCAUACUAUGAAUUCAUUUUACCAAACUCGAAAAUAUAUUAAUAUAAAAUAACAAUUAAUAAUAAAGUAAAAUGUAUAAAACAAAUCAUUAUACAUUAAUAAUAUCGAAUAAGAAACAUAACCAAUAACAUUAUAGAUUUACAUAAUAUAACACUAAAAUGUAAAUUAUAUCUUUGAAAGUUUUACGAUGGUGUAUGUUAUAUAUUUAUAAAAUGAAAAUCUACCCGCACGGAUGUGUGGGUGAAAAAUCUAGUUAAGUAGUAAGGGCAUUUCCAACUUCAUUUUAUAUUUCACUGUAAAAUACAAUUUAGAUUAAAAUUGAUUUAACAUACUCUAUUUUUAACUCUAUAAUAGAGUAAAAAAUAAGUUUACUCUAUAUAUAGAGUAAUUUAUUUAUUUUUGUUUAUCACUCUAUUUUUUAUUCUAUUUAGAGAAAAAAUAAAGUAAACCAUUAGACUUGGGCUAAUAAGCUUUUAUGGUAUUUUGUAUUUCUUUAUUGAUAAAAACAAGUAUGAAAAUCAAACAUUUAAAAAUUCACGAUUUAAGAAAUUUGACGUAGAUUUGAUAUGCUAUGUGUAGUCCGUAUAUUAACAAACUAGAUAGUGACUAGUCGCGCCAUGCGCAUAAUGAAAUAGAUGAUUACAUUAUUUAUUUUAUGUUGUACUAAAAGAUUUUCCAUAUAGCUUUUCGAGGGAUAGGCAUUCUGAUAUCCGUUCGGAUUGAGUUGAUUUAUUCGUAUUUUAGAUUUUUAGAGUUAGAAAUGUAAAUCCAAUUCGAAUAUUUACAAAUUUUGGUUUGGAUUUCGCUGGAAUCAUUGUGGGUUCUGUUCGGAUUUGAGUUUGAGUAUCCAUUUUAUUAUGUAAUUUUAUUUAAAAAAUCUAAAUAUAAUUAAAUCCUCAAAAUCUUAAAAUAAAAAUAAUAUAAAUAUAAAAAUCUGAAUAAUGUAAGACUAAAUACUUAAAUUUACAUAAAAAUUAGUUCUAUUUAAAUAUUUGGAUGGAGAACAAAUAGAUAUUUUCAGUAUUUUGAAUAUCUUUUUGUUACUUGUGAUUACUUUGAUAAUUUUUAGAUAUUUUCAUAUUUUUGAAUAUCUAAUAGAUAUAAAAUUAAAAAUAAUUAAUAUACUUAAGUAUAUAAUUAUGAUAUAGAUAUUUUCGGUAUCCACAAUAUUUCAGUUUGGAUCGGGUUUGGGUCUGGUUAUCCAGAUAUUAAAAUUUAAGAUCCAUCUGAGUACUUAAUCAGUUUUACUUUUAGUAUGUGUUUAGUAUUAUUUUCAAAACAAGUUUAAUUCGAUUUUUCGGAUCCAGAUAUUUUUACCCUUACUUAUUUUCUUUUACUAAUAUAAAAUAAAAUUAAAUAAAUGUAAAAUAAAUAUUUUAAGCUUAUUUUGCAUACAUAAUUAUUGAAACAUACUUUAAUAAUACUAAUAAAAAUGGUUGGAUUUCGUAUCAAUAUUGUUAGACAUGGAUCGUCGUCGUCUUCGACAUCGUACACUCAGGCUUCGAUCUGGUUACUAACAGCACUAGCACUGGGGUUGAACUCUGAAGAUGAGGUUUAUGUUUACUUAAUCUCCAAGAAAUUUCUGGGAGAGACACGUGUUCUGCUUGUCUGAAACAGCAACAGAGGUUUGACCAACAUUUUUUGUACACUUUCGGUGAGGCAUUUCGUCGAACAUUUAGACGACGACGACGACGACGACGUUGACUUUUAUAAACCUCUUUCGUAUUUUGUCUGGAGGAUCUUCCGUGAAAUGGAUAAGCUUCUUGAGAAUCAUGAGUUUGCUACGCAUGCCGUCGCGGCAUCAGCCUCUGUCUCGCUGGGAACUGGUCUCGCUUACCCUCUAGACACCAUCAAAACCAUCAUUCAGGUUGGUUGUAAGAAGCUAACCCCUUGUCAAGUUGUGAACAGAGUUUUCCGCGUCUCUGGCUAUUCAGGUCUGUACAGUGGUCUUGGAUGGCUAACUCUGGGAAGAAUCUCAGGUGUUGGUGCUAUUGGAGUCUAUGAGAUUCUUACUGCUUUCUACAAAGAUGGUCGACAUGGUAACUAUGUGCAAGUCAGCGAAGCAGUUCUGGCGGGGAUGGUGGGAGGUGCGGCAGAAACAUUGAUGACUUCUCCGUUCGAGCUGAUCAAAGUUCGACAACAAGUGACUGCUGCAUCACGGGCAAGGGUUUCACCCAUGAUCACAAAACUGCUUAGACGAUACAACAAUCUCGAUAUGAAGUCGUUGACACAAACCGUCAGUAUGUUAUCCGUGUUGAACCAUAAACACCGCAGCCGCAUUGCAAGAGUACCAUGGAUGAUGACUGGAACAGGAAACCCACCAGCAGCCAUGGAUUUUAAGAGACCGCUAGAUGUUGCAUCACUUGAAGGAGUGAGAGCGUUAUGGAGAAAUCUUCGUUCAGGUCUUAUAAGAGAUUAUCUUUACGGAGGAGUGUUCUUCGGAACAUGGCAGUUUCUUCACGAGGCAAUGAUCGGUUGAAAAGCAGUCGGAAUGAAUCCUCUCCCCAGUUCUGAAGAAGAAGUCGGACCUUUAUCUCCAGUAGCUAUUAGCAUUGCCGCUGGGUUUUCUGGUGCCAUUGCAGCUGCAGCAUCUCAUAGCUUUGACACAGCAAGAACACGUGCUCAGUGUGUAAUAUUGCCAAAGUAUAUAGCAAAAGAGAGGAAGUUUCUGAAAUGGAAUAAACCAGGAAAGAGAUUAGAGAGAUGGACAGGUAUCCUUCCUACAGACAGAACUCUCUUGUUCAGAGGGAUUGGGACAAGGAUGGCUCGAAGCUCUGUUGCAUCCACUGUUAUCGUUGGGAUGUAUUACUUAGCUGUCGAUUUAUUGGUUCCAAGUGAAAAACAACAGACAUCAUACAAUGUUUGCAAAUCUGUCUUGAAUUGAAUCAAACAUUUCAACUUUGCUACUUUGUAGUAUAGCCAUCAAUUUGUUUUACAACAUUCCUGAACAAUUAAAUAACUACAGAAUAAUUGGUUGUACUUUUUUUUUUUGCAAAAUCAGUACUCUCUUCAGCCCUAACAGAAAAAAGACUUUUCUAACCAAAAUUUUGAUCAAUCUCUAGUUGUAAUUGAUCUUUAGAAACAAAAUGAUCAUUUUCUAUCGAGAUUAUGAACAAGGUAGAUCUACUAAAGAUAUAAAACAUAAGCAGAUCAUUCAAAGGAAACGAGGAGGUAAAUCAAACUGCAUUAGAUAAUCAUAACAUAGAAUCGAAAUUCCAACAAAAAGUCUUUCGCAAGAUAAAAGAGGAUCCACGUCGUCCAACAAAUGAACCCUAGAAACUAAAAUAGUAAAGCUGUAAAACUCCAUACGAAAUGUCCUCA